ACAACCCAUCACCCACUCCUCAACCCAAUCUUCAUUUUAAAAAAAACCUUUACAAUAAUUUAUUUCUUUAACAACAUCUCCUCUGUUUUCUCUCUGUUUCACAACCAAAACAAAAAUGGCAGCAUACAGAGAACCCAUGAACGUAAGGGAAGGAGCACACUCACCAAUCUCAUCACAAAUACCACACUCACCAUGGCAUUCACCGGUUCCUUAUUUAUUCGGUGGUUUAGCAGCCAUGUUAGGUCUAAUAGCUUUCGCUCUUUUAAUCCUCGCAUGUUCUUAUUGGAAACUCUCAGGUUACCUUGAAGGUAACAACGAAUCAGAACGAGACCUUGAAGCCGGAGAAGGAAGAAACGAACAAGACCACAAACCACACAAACCACCGGAGAAGGAAAAAAUCUUGGUCAUUAUGGCGGGACAAGAUAAACCAACAUUUUUAGCUACACCAAGCAUGUCUUCAAGCACAAACACUAGUAGAUCCUCUUCCUUUGGAACCAACACAAGUACAUGUACCUGCGAGCAGAACGAAAAAUCGACGGGGAAUAUGAAUGAUUCCAACGUGAAAGAGAGAAGAAGUGGUGAAAAUGAAAAUGAAAAUGAAAAUUUGCAGGUACAGAGAACAGAGAGGAUGGAAAGAACAGAAACAUCGUGAGAUCAGAACGUUUAAUUAAUAAAUGAAUUAUGUUGGAGUAUUUUGUUUUGUUUUGUUGGUUAGAACAUGAAAAAAGGCAAAGCUGGUGAUACACACUGAUCUGGUGUGUGUGUUUGAGCUUGCAUGUUAAGAGAUUAGUUAUUAAUGUGUUAAUAGGAGAUGAUGGGUUUAGAAUUUUAGAUCUUUCUCUUCUCCUUUUGAUGGACAUGUGUAAUGCUUCCUACAACUGUACAUUACUAGUAUCAUAUUUCGGGAAUGUAAAUUCGUUGAGUUGGAAUCCAAACUUUACUUACUCCUCAA